GCACCUUGCCCUGAUCAUCUGACGGCAGACGGCUCCUCCCCGCUCCCUCCAGUCUAGCUACGCACAGCGACGGCUUGGGCACAACUCUACCCGCGUUUCAGUCCACGGGCUCGUCUGCGUGAGCCGGAGACGGAGCCGAGUUAUCCACUUUGAAUAAUCAAGGACUCCGUUUCCCCCGCUGGUGUCUGCUUUCAGAUGAAUCAGUGAUGAGAGUGGACAAGAGGAGAGAUCCGACGCUGCUCUUGUUGUGUGUGGACCGGCGGUGCGCAGAAGUGCGCUCCAUGCUUCAGCAUCAUCAUCCUCCUCCUCCGCUCCUGAGAUCAACCCAAACCCAGGAGGCGCUCUGAGAUCUUCAUCGAACCCCCCCGUGCGAGAUGUGCUGUGGACUGCCGAUGAUUUCUCCUCCUCCUCCAGUUCAAAUUCAAUGGCAGACAAAGACUGCACUUCCCACUGCUCUUGUUACCCCUGAGCUCAAAAAGACAGCUCUGGUCCACACUUAAACCACUGUCUACUUUUCUUGCCUCUGUCUCUGUCAGUCUCCACUCUUCAGUCCAUCGUCAUGGCUUGUUUUCUGGCAUCAGCCUUUCUCCUGGUUCUCCAGACAUACGCUGCUCCACCUGAGCUCAUCCAGCCAGGAUUUGGCGUAACACUGGGCUCCAUGGACCUUGAUUCUGGACUACCAGCCAAUGUCUCUGGAGAUGUGACCUCAUCCCCACCCCCAGGAACUAGUAAAAGGGCCCCACAUAGUAUUAUUAUUGGGGUACGCAAAGGGGGCACGAGAGCGCUGUUGGAGAUGCUGGACAUACACCCUGAGGUUGCUGCUGCUGCCACCGAGGUGCACUUCUUUGACUGGGAUGAGAACUAUGCCAAGGGCUUUGAGUGGUACCGUGAGUUGAUGCCCUACUCUUAUCCACACCAGAUCACAGUGGAGAAAACUCCAGGUUACUUUACGUCAGCCCUGGCACCAGAACGCAUCUGCGCCAUGAACUCCUCCAUAAAGCUGCUGUUGAUUUUGCGAGACCCGGCCGAGCGGGUCAUCUCUGACUACACCCAGGUGUACUUCAACCGGCUGGAGAACCACAAGCCGGUGCAAGCCAUCGAGAACCUGCUGGUGCGCAACGGAGCCCUAAAUAUCCGGUACAAGGCCAUUCAGAGGAGCCUCUACGACAUCCACAUGCGUAACUGGCUGCGUCACUUCCCCCUGGAGCAGAUACACAUCGUAGAUGGAGAUGCUCUGAUCCGUGACCCUCUGCCAGAGCUUCAGAAGGUGGAGCGCUUCCUCAACUUGCCUCCCAGGAUAGUGUCCUCCAACUUCUACUUCAACCAGACCAAGGGGUUCUACUGUAUCCGCAGUGACGGUCGAGAGCGCUGCCUGCACGAGUCUAAGGGACGUCCUCACCCGGCCGUCAACAGCACCGUCCUCCAGCAGCUCCGCUCCUACCUACAGGAACACAACCGAACCUUCUUCAGGCUGGUGAAGCGCACCUUCGACUGGCAAUAAGAAACCCCGAUUACAAAUCGGACUCAAAGGAGCCACUACCUUGUCUGUGAUGAGGACGAAAAGGGGGCGUAAAGCACUUUACAGAACUGACAUUUAACCCCCCUCCCUCUUCUUUAUAACUACUGUCGUGAUCUCUGGUUUCUGCAGAGCAGUUAUAUUUACACGAUAAGGCAAGAAAAUAUGAAAAACUGUAACUGCAGGCGUAAAAUUAAAUGGAAGCAUCUCCAAGCUUAAUCAGUCAUUCUCUCUGUGCUGGAAGCGUUUAAGUGAUCAAAUUGCAGCGAAAACAAGUUUAUGAAAGUGAUGAACUUUUUUUCCUCUCUCUUGUUUGAUAUUCAUGUUCUUGAUAAUAAACUGUUCUGCUUUCAAAUGUAGUAGAAAAGUGGCAUGUUUUCUAUCUCUCUCCAUUUCACUCUGGCCAUCAGAAACCCCUGAGCUCUCUAACCUGUAUUAUUUAGGGAGUACACUAAGGUAGGCAGAGGCAUUAGAAUAAGCCUUUGAUUUGCUGUGGUGGAAGUUAGACAUUAAUGCAAGGAAAUGGGUACCCUGGAGCAGAGCUUUAGUAGUACAGGAAUCACUAAUGGCUUUGGACAUUGAAGGUAGCCGGUGCCUGCAGCUAAAUCAGUCAAAUCUCCACAGUCAGCAAGCUCAAAUCCACAGAGCUUCUGUUGCAUUUUGCCUCUGCUCUGCUCAACAAUUUGCUCAGGUGUUAAAUGUAGUCAUUAAAUUGUAUGCCUAACAGUGCUGUAAAUCAUUUACUGUACCUGUGUAGAUGUUUUUUCUACGUUAUUAUCUCCCCUCUGAAUCAUACGUAGCGUGCAGUUUUCCCAGAAACAUUUUGUGGCCCUAUUCACAACAGAUAGACACGGGUCAUGUUUCUUUCAUUGAUUAGGCUUUAUACAGCAGCCAAAGCUACAGCUCCGCUGGGAACUGAUAUUCAUGUGAUCUCCCCGCUCUGUCUGCUGGAAUAAGCACUAUAACUCUCCUGAGGCAAGUAGUCAUUGAUGCUACAUUGGAUCCACAUCCAGAGCAAGAACAGGGGAGGGGCUAAAAUAGCUGUGGGCUAUACAGAAAUAUGCUGAAUAUUUGUAUGAGUAGCGAUAUUUCCUGGGUGAUCUGGGGUUUUAAAUUAUACGUCAGGCUGGAUCAUUAUGUAUAUGUAUAUGUAUAUCCUGUGUAUAUGUAUACACUAGCUGUGUUUAAUGAGGAAGUCAGCACUAAAUGAAAUCACCCACAGCUCAUGUUGCUCAGGGACUUUUCUCCUUCCUGUUCACCAGGGGGCACUUGGACCCCAGAGUAACUCACGAGGUGAGGAAGUGUGUCUAGACGUGCUCUUUCUAGGAUUCCCACUGUAGGUGCACACACAGGUGAAGGGUGAAGGGUGUGACAGUUAACUCGUGACCCUGGCCGACGCCUGUCUGCUCUGGUACGUAUCACCCAGCCGCUCAUCUGGAAGAGAACGAACUGUCCUCGGGCACAAGCCUCCUCGCUCCACCUCCACAACAAACACACAUCACCAAUCAUUCCCAAGGUGUUACAUUGGCGCAGCACAGUGUUUCUAUUAAGCAGGUGGGCAGGAAGGACAAAAGGGCAUGUUUUGCUUACAAUAUGAGAGCACACACUGAACAAAUUCCCAUUUAUAGCUGUUAUUUAUUUGAGGCAAAGUUGACUGACUGUGCUCGCUGUUUGCAGAAACACUGGGAGCUGUAUAGUGCAUCUGUAGCUGUGUAAUGUUGGACUGUGAGGAGCUGCAAUCAGGCAAGGGUUGUUUAAGGAUAAGGAUAUUUUUAUCAGCAAAUCCCCUGAAGUACAUAUCACUGCAACGAUAGGAUCUUUUAUGGGUUCUGUAGGCGUUUAUACAUCGUGUCAAGCUGUGACUACACUGGGGUUUUUGUAAGAUAAUCCAGUUUACUCAUGAGAUUUGUUGAUAAUAAUAAAAAUGAUAAAAUAAUGCUGCCGA